ACUGUCUCUUUAAAUGUGUGCAUAGCGGUCUCAACGGUGAGCUGCAAGAACAAGAGAACAGGGAACUGCUCGCGUUCAUAUUCACGAAGAGACAUUACGAACAUCAUCCAUCAUGGGCAUCAAACUCUACUACACCACCGUUACUGCAUCAAGGGAGGUGAAGUCUCAGCAGGCUGAGGUGAUGCGUAUUCUGGACAGUAAGAGCAUCAAGUACGAGUUGAUUGACAUCUCGGUGGGCGGUGCAGUUCGGGAUGAAAUGAGGAGUAAAUCGGGUAACCCCACGGCAAUCCCGCCUCAAAUAUUCAAUGAGGACCAGUAUUGUGGGAACUACGAAAUGUUUUCUGAUGCCGUGGAGGACGACACAGUGGAACAGUUUCUAAAGAUUGCAUAAAAGCCAAACCUGGUAGCAUCCGACACCUUCUUCCUUUCCCCGUACACGUUACCAAAGGGAGGCCUACCUGUUGCCCUCUGCUCUGCUGGUGGUACCUGCCUUCAUAUGUAUCGCUGCCAUGCCACAUGCCAAACACAAUCAACCGAAAAGCACACACCCACCCUGUUUACCCCUAAUCAUUUUAGACACGGUCACACACAUUUGCUUUUGUUUAAAUUGUCCUGUUUUUGUAUUCGCAUAGAUGCAUAAAAGCCACUAUUUUAGUCUUAAUUUUGUUUGCAUCUGAGAACUUUGAUGUAAUUAGGUCAACUAAUCUGGGUCGUAACCUCAUGUUUAUUCCACUAAUCCACAGUCCAAGAAUUUCAAGGACCAAAAAAAAAAAAACUAAAGGUUUUAUUGACCUUUACAUUCCCAUCCUUAGUACUGAUAAAAUGGUUAAUUGUUGGUGGGCUGAGAUUUAAUUGGUGUGUUGGUACCUUUAAAACAUCAGCUCUUAAUUUUCAUCAUAAUGUGAAUAAGUUAUAAUAGAUUUUAUAUCAGGCACACUGCAUUGCAUUGUUUUGUUUAGCAGUGUUCAAGCCACAGGUAUUCUGUUUGAAAAAGGUUUGCAUUAAACAUUCAUAGAUUCAGGAAAUGAAAGUGUUUCGUUGCAUAUAACUGUGCCAAUACAUUUCUGUACAGAUGUGUUCUCAAUAUGAGCAUAUUCGUCUUGUCUUUUGAUGGAAAAAUGAUACAGCAGUCUACAGUGUCCAGGUCACAUUUCACUCUGGGAUCAAAAGAAAAAUAUAUGAUUGGAUAAAGAAAAUGAAGCAGUAUUUAAGAUCAGUAAUAUCAUUUGCAUUGUGACAUAAUUUCCAUGUCACUUCAGCCCCGCCCACUCCAGUUCUCAUUAACAUAAGACAUCAAAAUGUUUUACAUACAAGAUUAUUUGGUAACUGUAAUUAUUGUCAGUGGUUGAGGUUUGGGCUUUAAUUUUAGGCUGAUCUAAAGACAAUAAUUCCAGUAAUAGUUAUUUUGUUGCUGCUUAAUUUACCCUAAACUCACUUAAUGCAAUGCAUGUUUCUUCACUAUGCAGUUUAUGCAGACCUUUUAUUCUAGUAAUUAUCUAAAUGUUGUUGUUGUUGUUUCCAUGAUUAACAAUGUACAUGCACACAUCAUUGCAUCAAGCAUUGACUGCCAUCAUUGGGAGUUCAUUGGCCAUUGUAGCAUUGACAUUUGAAGCAAUUAUCCUCUGACACAUUGUGUUGGUCAUAUUGGUACUAAUUUAUGUACUUGGAACAGUCUUAAGUCAUGGUGUUUAACCUGGCAUCUGUAAUGUUUGCUGCUCACAGUCUUAAAGUCAUCUAACUUUAGUGUCAGAUUUAAUAGCAGCUAUUGGCCAAGUUCAAGAAUGUGGGAUCUGACAUAGACAGUUGGUUUUGUAAGUGAUUGUGAAUUUUCCUCUUUCAUUGUUUGUAAUGAUUCUUGUGAUAUCUGUGCUGUACGGCUUUGCUUUAGGACCAACGCCCUUUUUUGGCCAAACAAUAAAAACAAUUAGGGAAAGAAA